GAAAAACCUUCUCCUCUCUGGAAGAUCUCCGUCGUUCCAUCUCUUCCGCAUCUUCCUGUUCUGUUCGUUGUUUUGGAGGUCUUCGGGGCUGUCUUCCUUCCCAAUUACCCUCGUGCUCGUGUAUUAUUAUUCUUCCUUUCCUUGCAUCAUCGGCCAUAGCAGCAGCAGCUUCUGCAGCUUCUGGGCCCAGUUCUUCGCAGCUCUAAGCUAGUUCUCGGUCACCAAUUUCUUCUCAACGGUUAUCCUUUCUGUUUCUUCAGCCCUUCCUUCAACUCGAUCAAUUCCCCAAUGGCUCAACAAACCGAGGAAGUUGCACACUCGAAAGGUGGGUCUGUUCUGCUCUGAAUUUCUCUCGCAAAAUGAGGUCCAAGCAUCCAGGCAGGACUGCAACGCCAAAAGUGAUCCUCUUAGAAGAAUCGAGAGGAGGAUACACGAUUACAGGGAGAAAGGGGGAAAAAGUAGUAUAAUCAAAGAACGAGAAGCUAACUCGACAUCUGAAGAGUCCGCUCAGCCCAAGCCGACCGAACCCACCACUAAUGGAGAUCAUGUAGAAGGAAAAGAAGGGGAAGAACCCAAUGGUGGAGGCCUUUUCCAGAUCUCCGUCAAGCUUCCCCAUGACCCGUACAAAAUCCAAGUUAUGGUGUCCACCCAAGAGCAAGUGCAAGAUGUUCGCCAAUCUAUUGUCGAGCUGCCUGGCACUUUCCAGUAUACCUGCUUCCACUUGGAGUGCAAUGGAAAACGCAUAAAUGACUUCGUGGAACUGUCCGAGGUGGAGGAUUUGAAGCCAGAUUCAGAGGUCAUUUUGGUGGAAGAUCCAUACACCGAGAAGGAGGCCCGUAUGCACGUCGUCAGAAUUCGGGAGCUGGUCGGUGCCGCAGGUGACCGCAUCGAUACCCUCCACGGCAUCAACGCUGGCUUGUCUCUGCACGACUCCGUCACUGCAGAAGGCGAGGCAUCGGACAAGGAACACGCUCUGUCCAAGUAUGAUCCUGCUGUCCCUUCUUCUCUGGACACGAUCCUCCCAAGGCCCGAGCCUCCUCUUCCAAAGACUGUCAAGGCCAUUUCUUUGUCCACAUGGAACCCUCCUCCAUAUCACCUCCGUCAGAAGGGCCAUCUGCUAUAUCUCCAGGUCACCACAAACGAAGGCGAGCAGUUUCAGAUUACCUCGCAUGUGUCGGGCUUCUACGUGAACAAGUGUUCCAACAGCAAGUUCGACCCAUCUCCGAAACCCACACCUAAUAAGAAGUCCAAGGCGCAUUCAUUGCUUACUUUGAUUUCUCACCUGUCACCAACUUUCAACUCCGCCUUCGAGGCCCUACAGGAGUCGAACAACAAGAAAGACCUCUUGACGACCUUCCCCUUCCAGAAUGCCAUUCCUAAUAACCCAUGGCUUGUUCCCCCAAUCUCAUCCAGCGUGAAUGCUCACCAACCAGAUAUUACGCGGUCCCAGGAGAAUUACCUGCUUUCGGGAGCUGACAAUGCGGAGACCUUGCGGGACUGGAACGAGGAGUUCCAGACUACAAGGGAGCUCCCCCGCGAAACCGUCCAGGACAGGGUAUUCAGGGAACGCCUGACUUCUAAGCUAUUUGCUGACUACAACGAGGCUGCCGCCCGCGGUGCUGUCCUGGUGGCGAGGGGCGAAGUUGCACCCUUGAACCCCACUGAGGGUCGUGACGCUCAGAUUUUUGUUUACAAUAACAUCUUCUAUUCCUUCGGUGCUGAUGGUGUUGGCACUUUUGCUUCUGAGGGCGGCGAUGAAGCUGCUCGUGUGGCGGUUGGCAAGGACGUCCUGGGGAUCAAAGCCGUGAACCAGCUGGAUAUUCCUGGCCUGUUUACACCGGGGACCGUUGUUGUUGAUUAUCUUGGCAAACGUAUUGUUGGCCAGAGUAUCGUGCCUGGCAUCUUCAAGCAGCGGGAGCCUGGUGAGCAUCAGAUCGACUAUGGUGGUGUAGAAGGCAAGGAGGUCGUUGCUACGCACCCGGAUUUCAUACCCGUCUUUGAAAAGCUAUCUAAGGCUCUCCGUAUCAAGAAGCACCCUGUAUGGGAUAAGGAUAACAAGCGACACGAUCUGGAAGGCAGCGUCGAGACCAAGGGCCUUCUAGGUACUGAUGGAAGGAAGUAUGUGCUUGAUCUGUACCGCAUCUCCCCCUUGGACGUUCUGUGGCAAGAGGAGGAGGGUAAGGAUACCUAUCCUCAUCAUAUGUCUAUUCUGAGACUGGAGCUUGUUGAAACGUUCUGGCGCCACAAGAUGAGCCAGUACGUGAGAGAAGAGGUUGAGAAGCGCCGCAGUGUGAAGGCUCAAGAGGACAAGAAGGCCAAAGAGGAUACCCCUGAAAAGGCUGAGUCUAAAGAAGCAGAGGAGAAGGAGAAGACCGAGGAGCCUGUGGAGCAGGAAAGAGUGGAUAUUUCCGGCUUUGAGUUCGCUCUCAACCCAGACGUUUGCAGCGGUCAGAUCCCCCAGACAGCAGAAGAAAAGGAGCAAUGGGCUCGCGAUGAGAAAGAGGUUCGCGAUGCUUGCGACUUCUUGCGAUCCAAGGUCUUGCCGGAACUUGUCCAGGAUCUGCACGACGGAGAAGUGGGCUUCCCUAUGGACGGACAGUCUCUGAGCCAACUCUUGCACAAGCGCGGUAUCAAUGUGCGGUAUCUGGGCAAGUUGGCUCGGUUGUCCAAGGAGAAAGGCUCUCGUUUACGGGCUCUUACAACUCUCGCGGUUCAGGAGAUGAUUGUCCGUGCAUUCAAGCACAUUGCUAACUCUUAUCUUCGCGACGUACCCGGACCAUUUGCUGCCUCUUGUGUUGCCCAUCUGCUGAACUGUCUGUUGGGUACUGACUUGAACCCUGAACCUCGCCCGGAGAUUGAUCAAGAGCUUCGCGAGGCCUUCCCAGAGGGUGACUUCUCGUUUGAGAAAGUCACACCGGCGACUCUCAGGGCUGAGAUCGAGAAGCAGGUAACGAUCCGUUACCGUUUCACCCUGGAGCCUGAAUGGUUCAAGUCUUUGAGACACCUGCAGCUUCUUCGUGACGUCUCCAUCAAGCUCGGUCUUCAACUGGGUGCCCGCAAGUUCGUCUUCACCAAGUCUGAAGUUCCAAGUAAGGAGCAGCCGGCCAUCACUAAUGGUGUCAAUGGUGCCACCGCCGAUGAGGGCAAGAAGAAAAAGAAGAAGAGUGGUGAUUCCACCUCUCCGAACCGAGCUUCUGCAGAUGCAAAGGCCACUGUUUCGUUUGUUCCGGAUGAUAUCCUUAACAUUGUGCCUCUUGUCAAGGAUGCCUCACCAAGGAGCUCCCUAGCUGAGGAGGCCUUGGAAGCCGGGCGAAUCUCCCUCAUGCAAAACCAGAAGCAGCUGGGCCAGGAGCUCAUCUUAGAAUCUCUGUCUUUGCAUGAGCAGAUAUAUGGUAUCCUUCACCCAGAGGUUGCCAAACUCUACCAUCAACUGUCCAUGCUGUAUUACCAGACAGAUGAGAAGGAUGCUGCAGUCGAACUGGCACGCAAAGCUGUGAUCGUCACUGAGCGCACCUUGGGAGUUGACUCGGCUGACACCAUCCUGAGCUACCUCAAUCUCAGUUUGUUCGAGCAUGCCAAUGGAAAUACCAAGACCGCUUUGGUUUAUAUCAAGCACGCCAUGGACCUCUGGAAGGUCAUCUACGGUGCUAGCCACCCCGAUUCUAUUACGACGAUGAACAAUGCUGCAGUGAUGUUGCAGCAUCUCAAGCAGUACUCGGACUCUCGGAAAUGGUUCGAGUCAUCACUUGCCGUGUGCGAGGAGCUCUUUGGCAAGCAGUCCAUCAACACGGCAACCAUCCUGUUCCAGCUGGCGCAAGCAUUGGCCCUGGACCAGGACUCCAAGGCUGCCGUCAAGAAGAUGCGUGACGCCUACUCCAUUUUCCUCAACCAGCUCGGACCCGAUGACCGUAACACGAAGGAAGCCGAGACAUGGCUCGAACAGCUUACGCAGAACGCCGUGUCGAUCGCCAAGCAUGCCAAGGAUAUCCAAGCUCGUCGCCUUCGCCGCAUCAAUAUGGCCACCCGCUCCCUUGGAACCCGCGUCCAGCCUCAGGUCGGCCAAUCGGCGCCGGAGACAGCUGGAACAGCUGCGGCUCAACAACCUAAACUGGACACCCGCAAUAUCGAUGAGUUGCUGAAAUUCAUUGAAGGCGGUGAUUCGAGCUCUCAGUCUAAGCAGAAGAAGAGGACUACCGCCAACCCCAAGCUGAGAGGGUCUAAGAGAUCCUCCGCUAAGGCAUAGGGGAUCUUGAAAAGCAAGGCUAUUUCUUCUUUCUGUUAUUUAUAUUUGGCCCCCUUUUUGUUUGUGUUUCCUUUUUUAUUAAUGGCAGCUUGUUCUUGGAACGCUGGAGCAGCAAGCACUUGUUCUGUCCAGUCUCAAAAUAUCUGAUCAAAAUCCAGAAGGGAUUUGAAAUAAAAUUCUUUUUUUAUUGUUUUCUUUUUUGGGUACUCUGUAUUAUACUUCCGGAUGGGCAUCUCUCUACUCCACUCCUGCCAUUUGGCGCGCGUCUUUUAUUCAUGUCGAGUGUAUUUUCAUGCCACUUUUACCCUCUGUGGACAAAUUAUUGCAAAAACUGAGUCAGGGGAACGGGAUGAUGAUGAACCCCUGACUUGAGCAUCACAAGCUGCUCUAUAUGAUAUAUAGUAUGUCGUAUAUAAUAUAUGCUCUACAUCAUAAGCUAUGACUGCCCCCUGCCAAGGGCAGGUAUGUUGAGAUUAUAUUUAUGUGU